AUGAAGACCUGUGCAUUCUCUGCUGUAGUUCUAUUGAGUGCUUCCUCGGCCUCUGCAUUUGCUCCUUCCUCUCUCCUAAACAAGGCUACGAGCAGCAACAGCAACAACAGCAACAACAGCAACAGCAACAACAGCAACAACAAUCCAUCUUCGGAUGUGAUUGUCAUGCACAACGUGGGAAGCAAAUGGGCGUACAAUCCGUUUGGAGGCACUUACCAAGAUUUGCCUCCUGGCCGUGUCAGUACGGAUCCUGCUGCUGCAGAUGGCUUUGGAAGCAAGUGGGCGUACAAUCCUUUUGGCGCCACUUAUCAAGAUCUGCCAUCUGCUCCUACCAGCUCCAAUCCGAAUGACGCCGAUGGCUUUGGCAGCAAAUGGGCCUACAACCCAUUCGGUGCCACCUACCAAGACCUCCCUUCUGCCCCCACCAGUUCCAAUCCGAAUGACGCGGAUGGCUUUGGCAGCAAGUGGGCCUACAAUCCCUUCGGCGCCACGUACCAAGACUUGCCAGCGGCUGGUCCAACUUCUACGGAUCCCACUAAGUGGUACUUUCAACCAUGGAGUGGUGUCUACCAAUCUCAGUUCACUCCUCUCUUUACUAGAGGUGUUGAUAAGUGGUACUUUGAACCAAGAAGCGUCAUUCCACCCAAUGAUGAAUUCUUUCAUGGAUACAACUCGGCGUCUCACAUGUGGGUUCCAGACCAACUAUAUGCCGAGCCACAACCAUUCUCUGCUCCAGCUCCUGCUGCUCCAGCUCCAGCUGCUCUAGAAGCUUCUCAACAAGGUGCUGUUCCACCCACGACAACAACAACAACAGCUGCAUCUGCACCACCAGCACAACAAGAGCAACAACAGCAACAAGCACCACCACAAAUGAUGCCCGAACCAACCCCACAAAAAAUGCCAGAAGACUCUACCAUGUCGGCAUACGACAAGGCCAUGUCUGGAAACUAA